UUUACUUGCCUGGGCAGAAAACUUUGACAAGCAAAGUAGUAGGAGUUCAUCCCUUCAAAUCAUAUGCUUUCCGCUCUUUUUCUGCCGCUCAAAUACUGCCAAACGUUAGAAAGACGCCCUUCUUGUCACCUUCUUUUCUUUUCUCGUCAAAUCACAGCUCCCAAACUAGCUAUAGCGACAAAUCAAACAUCACAAUCAUCUCGUCACCACAUGAUUCUAAUGUUAGGAAAUUUCAUUAGCAAGCAAGCAAAUUUUAAGCAACCAAGAGGAAAAUGAAAAAUUUUAUACAAGCAACAGCGAGCUAAUGCAAUAUUAAAUUGUUAGGAAUGGUAGCUGCCGGAGUUAUGGUGUCAUUGAUACCAGGGAUCGGCUCCACUUGGCCAUUAACGAAGAGCCCAUUUUUCAGGCGAUCGAGUACUAUCAGCCUCCGCUUCAUCAGCGAAAACACCAAGCGACUUGAGCAGCAGGGGCACGCCAUUCGCCGUAAUUUUAACCACCCUGGUUACCAGAUCCAAGAAGAAGGCCAGGUUGAUAGCCAUGAUUACAGAGUCUUCUUGCUUGAUAAUACUGGCAAAAAGAUUUCGCCUUGGCACGAUAUACCCCUACACGUUGGCAACGGCGUGUUCAAUUUUGUUGCUGAAAUUUCUAAAGAUUCAAACUUGAGAAUGGAGCUUGCCACCGAUGAACUAUACACCCCUCUCAAACAAGAUAAAAUAAGGGGUAGAAUUUGGUAAUGCGUGCAAGGAUGCUUUUAACUGUUGUCUUCAUGCUAAGUGUAUUCUCUCCAUUAGGCAUGCUAGGAAGUUUCUAAAAUUUGCAUAUCUUUUGGUUUUUGUAUGUUAAGUCAUAUUAACAUAGCAUAUAAAUAUCUGUUUGCCAGCUUCAUGCUAACAGUAAUUCUUAACAAAUUUGUCUUCCUCAAGAGAUGCUUAAUGAAUGUGAUGAAAAUGAUACAGUUAGGCUACAGGGAUUACUAACUUGAGCUUUCAAUCAAGGAGAUGAUUAUAGCAUUUUUGCCUCUAAGAUGCACUAUGAAGUGGAAUUAUGGAUUGCUUCCUCAAACUUGGGAAGAUCCUUCAUCUGCAAAUCCAGAAGUUGAGGGCGCAUUUGGAGAUAAUGAUCCUGUUGAUGUUGUUGAGAUUGGGAGCACCUCUGCCAAGGUUGGUGAGGUUUUGAGAGUCAAGCCACUAGCUACUCUUGCACUGAUUGAUGAGGGUCAACUUGAUUGGAAAAUAAUAGCUGUUUCCCUGGAUGAUCCAAGAUGUUCUCUCGUUGAUGAUGUUCAUGACAUUGAAAAAUAUUUUCCGGACAAUUUCUCAUAAUGGUAUUAAAAGAUGUAGGACUCCCACCGCAUCUCAGUAUAAAGUUUCUUUUCAAUUUAGCAGCAUGAAUGUCAUUUUGGAGGCCUAGUUUCUGGGUGUUUGAAAAAGUGGUGAUUUGGUAAUCUAAUCAGGGCUACCUAAUAAUCUGGCCAUGAAUCGCUUUUGAGUAUGAGAUACUUCAACCUGGGCUUCACAUUGUUCUUCUAGACAUCUGUAAGCAUGCAAAAGAAAGCAUGAUUAAUUAGGUUAAGAAUUUAUAAUUGGAUGAAUGAUCACAUUAGCUCGACAAUCCAUGAUAAAGUAUAUAAAUAUGUGAUCUAUUGAAGACAAAAGCAACAGGCAAAGAAUUAAUCUGCUAAAGAGAAGUUCAUAUUUGGUAAAGAUGUCUCUUACCGACAAGACUGAUUGGCUGGCUACCUCCUGGAAUAACCUUCUUUAUAAUCUUUUGCAAAUUUAUUGAUCUAUUUCGUGAUAAUACAUUUCUCUGGUCCAAGACUAAGCAUACAU